AUGGACCCGGAAAAGAAGGACACGUCCGACUCCGAGACGACUUCCGUCAACGAGCCCGAGCUCGAGAAAGACAUCGAGGCGGCAGGCGUGACCGAGAAGGACCGCCCUGAACAGCCCACGCGCCGCUCCCGCAGGCUCGAGUUCGACCAGGGCGAGCAGCAUGUGAAGUUUCGCAGGAGAUGGUUCCAGCUCUGGCUACCCAAGAAUCCGCCACCACCUGCGCCCAAGUCACUCGACGAUGCGACGCUCCUCCCCAUGGUCUAUGCAUCGUUCAUCUCCGUCCUCACGUAUUCGUGGAUCAACCCGCUCAUGGUCCUCGGCUACCAGCGCACCCUCCAAGCCACCGACCUCUGGAAACUCGACGACGCGCGUGAAGCAGGCGCACUCGGGGCGCAGUUUGACGCCGCCUGGGCCGCGCGCGUGCAGGCGGCCGCGGAGUGGAACGCACAGCUCGCUGCGGGUGAGUUGCACCCGCCGCUCUGGCUACGCAUCAGGUGGUUCCUCGUCGCGCUCGUGCACCUGGCGAGAUUCGCGGAGACGAGGCGCGAGCUGGAGCGGGCCUGGCGUGAAGGCGGAGGACGCAGGGAGCCGAGUAUUGCGUGGGCGUUGAACGACGUGUUUGGGUGGACGUUCUGGACCGGUGGGAUUUUCAAGGUCUUCGGCGACACGGCUCAGCUCAUGGGCCCGCUCCUCGUCAGGGCAAUCAUCAACUUCAGCGAGGCGCGGGUCGCGGCCAAAGCAGCGGGGGAACCGACAGCGAGCAUAGGCCGAGGCGUGGGCAUGGCGAUCGGCCUGUUCUGCAUUACGGUCACCGCUAGCGUGUGCACGCACCAGUUCUUCUGGCGGUCUAUGACGACGGGCAUGCUGGCACGGGCGGCGCUGAUCAGCUCCAUCUACAAGCGGGGACUGACUCUAACAGGAAAGGCGCGCACGACGCUGCCCAACUCGAAGCUGGUCACGCAUAUAUCGACGGAUGUCAGCCGAGUGGAUGCAUGCGCUCAGUGGUUCCAUGCCGGUGCGUCUCACUGUGUCACGAUCUGCUUGAUCAUCCUGCUCGUCCAGCUGGGAUACUCCGCACUGGCGGGCUUCUCGCUGUUCCUCCUGCUCAUGCCCAUCCAAGAGCGCGUCAUGUCCUUCCAGUUCUCGAUCGGCAAGAGGGCGCUCAAGUGGACGGACAGGCGGUCGAAGCUCAUCCUCGAGGUGCUCGGUGCUAUGCGAGUUGUCAAGUAUUUCUCGCACGAGGAAUCGUUUUUGAGGAGGAUCUAUGACAUGCGGACAAACGAACUCAGGGGCACAAGAAAGAUCCAGAUCGCUCGUUCAGCCAACAUCGCCUCCGCCUUCUCCGUUCCAGUCCUAGCAGCCACCCUCUCAUUCGUGACAUACACCUCCACGUCCCACGCGUUCAACGUCGCGACGAUCUUCUCCUCGCUCGCGCUCUUCAACUUGCUCCGCCAACCGCUGAUGUUCCUGCCGCGCGCUCUCUCCGCCACGACCGACGCGCAGAACGCGCUGGAGCGUCUCAAGGUGCUGUUCCUCGCGGAGCUCAACGAGGGCUCGACUUUCGUCGUGGACAAGGAGCAAAAGAUGGGUCUGCUGGUGGAGGACGCGACGUUUGAGUGGGAGGAGGGCCCGAGUGCACGAGAAGGUAAGGAAGAAGGAAGGAAGGAAAGGCGUCGCCCAGGCGACUCGACGCCUGCCCAUGAACAGAGCGCCCCGUUCCAGGUCAAGGACGUGACAAUGUCGAUCCCCCGGGGUACGCUUGCAGCGGUUGUUGGUACUGUGGGCAGCGGCAAGUCAAGUCUCCUUCAAGGUCUCAUCGGGGAGAUGCGCAAAGUUCGCGGACAUGUGUCCUUUGGAGGCAAGGUUGCCUACUGCUCUCAGACAGCCUGGAUCCAGAACGCGUCUCUGAGAGAGAACGUUCUCUUCGGUCAGCCAUACGAGGAAGAACGAUACUGGAAAGCGAUAGAGAAUGCGUCUUUGCUUCCUGACCUUGAAGUGCUCCCGGACGGUGAUCUCACAGAGAUCGGAGAGAAAGGUAUCAACCUGAGUGGUGGCCAGAAGCAGCGAGUCAACAUCGCUCGUGCUCUCUACUACAAUGCGGACGUCAUUAUUUUCGACGACCCGCUAUCAGCUGUCGAUGCUCACGUCGGAAAGGCUCUCUUUGCCGAUGCCAUCGUCGGAGCACUCCGCAACCGCGGCAAGACCGUCAUUCUCAAUGGCCGUGUCGAGGAACAGGGAACCUACAGCGAGCUUGUGAAGAACGAGAAGGAAUUCUCGCGUCUUAUCAAGGAGUUCGGUGGUACAUCCACGAAGGAGGAAGAGGAAGACAUCGAGGAGCAGGCGAUUGAAGCCCCUCGAGGCAAGCCGGUUACGACUGUCGACGAAACCAAGCUCAGGGAAGAAUCCGCCAAACGCGCCGCUGCAGGUACCGGGAAGCUAGAAGGCAGGCUUAUCGUCCCAGAGAAGCGAACAACAGGUUCAGUUAGCUGGAAGAUAUACGGAGAGUAUCUGAAAGCGGGAAGAGGAUGGAUUACUGGACCUGUCGUUCUGCUCUUCAUCAUCCUGAUGCAAGGGUGCACCAUCAUGAACAGCUACACGUUGAUUUGGUGGGAAGAAGACAACUGGGGUAAAGGCAACUCAUUCUACCAGAUUUUGUAUGCAUGUCUGGGUAUUGGUCAGGCUUUCUUCACAUUUGCCGUAGGCGGUACAAUGGACGAGCUUGGCUUCCACGUUUCGUCCAAUUUGCACCACGACGCAAUCCGGAACAUCUUCUAUGCUCCCAUGUCUUACUUCGACACGACGCCUCUCGGUCGUAUCUUAAGUAUCUUCGGCAAAGAUAUCGAGAAUAUCGACAACCAACUUCCUGUCAUCCUGACGGUCUCUAAUAUGAUUGGGAGUGUAACGAUCAUUACCGUGCUGGAGCAUUACUUCAUAAUUGCGGUCGUCGGUAUCGGACUAGGUUACAACUAUUUCGCGUCAUUCUACCGCGCCAGCGCGCGCGAGCUAAAACGGAUCGACGCAAUGUUACGAUCAAUCCUCUAUGCUCAUUUUGCGGAGUCGCUUUCUGGUCUGGCGACGAUCCGCAGCUACGGAGAGACAGCCCGGUUCCUCAAAGACAAUGAAUACUACGUUGACUUGGAGGACCGAGCGGGGAUCUUGACGGUCACGAACCAGAGGUGGCUGGCAAUCCGCCUUGACUUUCUCGGCGGAUUGCUCAUCUUCGUUGUCGCGAUGUUGGCGGUCUCCAAUGUCUCUGGAAUUAACCCCGCCCAGAUUGGUCUUGUCUUGACCUACUCAACUGCCCUUGUACAACUGUGUAGCAUGGUCACUCGCCAGUCUGCUGAGGUCGAAACUUACAUGAGCUCUGUCGAGCGGGUCGUCGAGUACAGUCGAGGGGACAGAAUCGAGCAAGAAGCACCCCAUGAGAUCAAAGAUCGCAAACCGCCCAAGGAAUGGCCUGAUCGUGGUGCGAUCGAAUUCAAGGACGUAGUCAUGCGGUACAGACCCGGCCUGCCUUUCGUUCUCAAGGGUCUGUCUCUGAGUAUCAAAGGAGGAGAAAAAAUCGGUGUCGUCGGAAGCAGGACCGGUGCCGGGAAAUCUUCGCUCAUGUUGGCGCUGUUCCGUAUUGUGGAACUGUCUUCAGGUUCUAUUAACAUUGACGACAUCGACAUCUCUGCAAUUGGUUUGAAGGACCUUCGAUCGAAGCUCUCCAUCAUUCCGCAAGACGUGAGCACCAUACGAUCGAACCUAGAUCCUUUCAAUCAAUACACUGACGCUCACUUGUGGGAUGCACUACGUCGGUCCUAUCUGGUCGACAAUACUGCCAAGGCUGCGUGCGAAGAUCACGAUGGUACCGAAACACCUCAAAGUCGAUUCACCCUCGACACUGUCAUCGAGUCAGAAGGAGCCAACCUGAGCGUCGGCGAGCGUAGUCUGUUGAGUUUGGCUCUGCUUAUACUGACUCUGGUCGAUAGCGCAUCCGUGGAUCUGGAAACAGACUCCAAAAUCCAACAGACUAUCCAGACGCAGUUCGGUCACAAGACUUUGCUUUGCAUAGCCCACCGAUUGCGGACUAUCAUCUCCUAUGACAGGAUCUUAGUGAUGGAUUCUGGUCGGAUAGCAGAAUUCGAUACUCCUCUCAACCUCUUCCAGUUGGAAAAUGGCAUCUUCCGCGGCAUGUGCGAGAGAAGCGGUAUCACGACAGCGGAAAUAGAGAAGGCCGUUCUUAAGAUGCACAUGUUGUGA